AUGCGCCUACCGUCUCCCAGACGGUUUCCGUCACCUAGACGGCAGCCGGCGUCUCCGACACCGCUUGACAGGGGAGCAAACCGGUCGUUGAAGUUUCCGGCGGUUACUCCGUCGCUCAUUAAGGACAGUCCGGAUAAGGGGCUGAGGGGAGGUUCGGAGAAGGACGCAGGAAGGGACAUUCCUGGAAAACGGGAAGGCCGCGUUACUAAAGCACCAAUUGUAGCGCCCUUUACAGCACCGGCUCCUGUAUCAGCUCCGGCUAUAGUCAUCAAUUCUCAUACCGCGAAACCCUCCACUUGUAUCCCGUCUCCUGGCCUGAAACCGUCUGCUGCUGCCGCGUCUCCUGCACUGAAACCGUCAACUGCCAUCCCAGCUCCUGCACAAAAGCCGUCUACAUCUAGCCCGUCUCCUGCACGGAAACCGUCUACUUCUAUUCCGUCUCCUGCACUGAAACCGUCUACUUCUAUCCCGUCUCCUGCACUGAAACCGUCUACUUCUAUCCCGUCUCCUGCACUGAAACCGUCAACUUCUAUCCCGUCUCCUGUCUUAAAGCCCGCCACGCCGCCAUCCUCCCCACCCAGUAGCUUCAAGUCCUUCGGUCCACCGGUGUCAAAUGAUACGGCGGAAGCUGCAGAUUCAGGAACCAAUUCGGCCGGCCAAGCCUUGCAAGCGGUGGCUGCUUCGUUUGUUCCAGCGUUCGGCGCGAAGCUUGCAGAUGGAGCGACCGCGACGGGGUCACGAGCAGCGAAAAAGGCGAAUUUGACGCCCGCGUUUACUCAGCCAGACAGAAAGCGGAGCUCCACCCCCACGUUCUCGCGUCCGGAACGAAAAGCAAGUCCCACACCCGGCGUGAGCGUAAUCAGCGAUCGGAUUCGAAAGCAGAGCCCCGUGCCGUCCAUGAUGUCACGUGCUGUACCACCCGUGACGCCACAUCUUGACCGGAACGACCCUCCUUCUCUCGAGCUGCUGCGGGAGGAGAGGACGGAGCGGCCGACGCUGAGUUGGCAGCCCCGCAGUCAAGGCGUGAGGGGCGUAGCAGCUUCGGAGAAGAGCGCAGCAGCACGAGGCAGCGCACGUGGGACUAGUGGCGAGGGCGAGAACAAUGGCGCUGGUAGUAACGGGAGCUGCGGAAACGGUGACAGUAUCGGUGGUAAUGUGGUCAGGGUAUGUGGUGAGAAGAGCGGUGGUGGUGGGGCCAGCGGAAGCAGUGAGUUCAGAGGUGGUAGUGGUGGAACAAGCGGGGGCAAUGAUAAUAUUGAUAAUCCUGGCGGUAGUGGAACCAGCGGAAGCAGUGGAAAGACGAGCGUGGUGGUAAUCGGGACGAAGAAUCGCAAUCCUACGCGGGAUGAAGAGGCCGAGGGGAAAGGCAUGGUGAUAGCGGUGAAAGCUUUGAGUGGUGGGGACGGGCGGAAGGAGGAAGCGGCGAGGCAAGGCGGGGCAGCAUCUGUGGAUGAAGCAGGGAUCGAAUCGGGACAGCGACGCAUGUCUCUUAGAAGGACGACUUCUGUUGGUACUGGCGGGUGGGUUGACCGGGUGACGGUAACGAAGGGCCCGAAGGAGAGGUCUGAAAUUGUGAACGUGCGGCCCAUGGUGCCGCAUGAGAUGGCUGCUCGAUGCGUGGAGUGCAUCAAGGUCCCUCCUGGAGGCAAGCCAGAGGUGAGAGUCUACGUGUCGCCUUGUCCUCCCCUCUCCACUUGUUCUCCCCGCUCUUACUCCCCCCACUUGCCCCUCAUGCAUCCCUGCUACCCCAAUGGCUUCCACCAGCAUUCUUUCCCCCGCCCCACUCCUGCCUUCCCGCCCCCACAAGUUGCCACCCUGCUUCCUAAGCCAUCCCAUUCUCCUGUCUGCUCUUCCCACUCCAGAUGCACGUGUCGCCAGGCUGGGUGUUCACAUACGACUGUGUGUGGAGGGAGAGACCCUCCCAUGCCUCAGUCGACUGCUCUUUCCUCCCCCGUCCCUCCUCUCACCCCAUCUCCCCCACCAGGUGCACGUGUCGCCAGACUGGGUGUUCACAUACGACAAUGUGUACGGCAAGAUGAGGACAAGCCCACCUAUGCCUCAGUCCGCUCCUUUUUCCUCUCCUUCCUCGCCCGUCUUCAAUCCACAAUCCCACUCUCUUCCCUCGCCAGGAGCACGUUUCGCCAGACUGGGUGUUCACAUACGACUAUGUGUAUGGAGGGACGGGUCCACCCAUGCCUCAGUCGAAUGCUCUUUCCUCCCCCGUCUCCACUCUCUCCCCAUCGCCCUCGCCAGGUGCACGUCUCGCCAGACUGGGUGUUCACAUACGACUAUGUGUAUGGAGGGACGGGUCCGCCCAUGUCGCAGCUCUUUGCCGACUGCAUCAUGCCUCUUGUGCACGGGCUGUUUGACGGUUACAACGCUACGGUUCUCGCAUACGGGCAGACCGGGUCAGGCAAGACGUACACCAUGGGCACGGCUCUUCAGAGCACGGCUGCUACUGCUGAGACAGACACUAGUGCGGUUACUACCAGCAGCGGUGGUGGUGCGUCAGUGGAGAAGGAAGGCGGGGUGGCCAGGCGCGUGGUGAACUCGCUCUUUCAACGUGUGGAGGACCUCUCCCACUGCUCUCGCUUCCAGAUCCGUGUCUCACUCAUUGAGGUGCGUGGGUUGCGUGGGGUCAGUGAGAUCCAUAAGGACGUCAUUCACGACGACAUUCACGACCUCCUCGAGUCAAGCAUGCCUCUUUCUACUCAUGUCGGCAUCAUGUUUCCCCCCCUCCACUCCCCUGCACCGCCCCUUCCACCCACUCAGAUCCACAAGGACGACAUCCAUGACCUCCUGAAGACUAGAGUCAUCCACAAGGACGAUAUCCACGACCUCCUCGAGUUCCUCGCCGCUCCCUUCCCCACCUCCGCCCCCUCCUCCGCCUCCCCUGCCACCGUCGCCGCCCUUGCUGCUGCCGCUGCUGCGGCCCGAGCCUCCCCCUCAGGCCCGGCGCCCCUAGGGCCGGCGCCACCGCCCCGACAGACAGUGGCGAUCCGGGAGUUACCGGGGGGGGUGUCUCUCACAGGGGUUACAGAGCAGGUGGUUACCACACGAGACGAGGCUAUAGCCUGCUUGGAGCAUGGACUGUUGUUCCGAGCGACAGGCAGUCACAACCUGAAUCAGCGCUCCAGGUGGGUUUGUGGAGGGUGGAAGCAUGGGUCUGAACAGAUGGAGUAG